AUGGAAGAAGCAAAAAAAAAUUACACAAACUAUGCCAUUAGAUGUGUAUAUGUUGUGCGCAUAAGAACAUCUAAAAAAGAUAACAACAACAAUGUCAACUACUUGAGAUUAGUUUGCUCAAGGGAAGGGAAAUAUGUCUCUUCAAUCAAGCCUGAGGUGAAAACACUUCCUAGCCAAACCAACCAAUGUCCAACUGGCAUAACCAUUGCAAGGAAGGAUGAUAAAUGGUUUAUAAGGACCGUUGUCCUAGACCACAGUCAUGAUCUAUGCCCAAAAACCUCCAAGCUAAUUCCUGGCAAUAGGAAAUUGAGCAUGCAAGCUAAACGCACAUUGGAGGUCAAUGAUGAUGCUGGAGUCCGGAUUAAUAAGAGUUUCCUUAGCAUUAUGAGCGAUGCAGGUGGAUUUGAAAAUAUGGACUUCAUAGAGCGAGAUGCGCGAAACUACAUUGGCCAAUACAUAAGAUCUUUAUGUAAGGAUGGUGAUGGACAAGCCCUCCUACGACACUUUCCAUCAAUGAAAGAUUUCAAUAACGAUUUCUUUUAUGAAAUUGUAUUGUAUGAAGGCAAUACAAUUUGUAGUGUCUUUUGGGCAGAUGCAAGAACUCGAGACGCCUGUGAAGAAUUUGGUGAUGUGGUGUCUUUCAACACCACUUACUUAACAAAUAAGUAUGACAUGCCAUUUGCGCCUUUCGUCAGAGUUAACCAUCAUGGUCACUCCAUUUUACUUGGUUGUUGA